AUGACACAUUUGGAGAACCACACAAUCACUGAAUUUAUUCUUCUGGGUUUGCUGCAAUACACCCCAACUCACAUGUGUCUCUUUGCACUUAUAAUCAUAAUAUUUCUUUUUACACUCACUAGAAACAGCCUCUUAAUUUUGGUGAUCCUGAUAGAUCCCAAUCUUCACACUCCAAUGUAUUUUUUCCUUUGGCAGCUAUCUCUCAUUGACAUUCUCUUUACUCUUGCCAUUGUACCCAAGAUAAUGACAGACUACCUUCUGCAUAAAACAGUCAUCUCUGUUUCUGGCUGUGGCACCCAAAUCUUCCUGGGGCUGGCUCUGGGAGGAACUGAGUGCAUCCUUUUAGGUCUCAUGUCCUAUGAUCGAUAUGUUGCCAUCUGCAAGCCUCUACAUUAUCCACUUCUCAUGAACUGGUCCCUGUUUAAGCAGAUGGCUUUUAGCUCAUGGGCCAGUGGUGUUUUCAAUGCCUUGAUACACACUGUCUACACCAUGAGAUUCUCCUUUUGUGGAUUGAGGGAAAUACAUCAUUUCUACUGUGAACUUCCCAGUGUCUUGCAUCUCUCCUGUGAGGACACCUCGACCUAUGAGAUGGGAGUUUUCAUUAGCACUACCAUUUUGCUUCUUAUUCCAUUCUCAGUCAUCCUCGCUUCUUACACACUCAUCCUGGUCACCAUCAUCCAAAUGACUUCUACUGAGGGGAGGAAGAAAGCAUUUUCUACUUGCUCAUCUCAUCUUACAGUUGUCAGCUUAUAUUAUAGUGCCAUUAUUUUCAUGUAUAUGAGGCCAAUCUCUUCUCAUACUUUCAGUCAAGACAAAGUAGUAUCUGUCUUCUAUACCAUUUUGACACCUAUGCUAAAUCCUAUGAUUUAUAGUCUUAGAAAUAAGGAUGUGAUGGGAGCCUUGGGAAAAAUCCUAUGGAAGUACAAUGGCACCAUUGCCCCAGAUGGAAGUAGAAAUGAAUCAAGAGGGGCUGAGGCGGGCUUUCAACUUGAUCUGGGAUGCAUGAUGGGGCUAUUGCAUGAAACCAGACAGAGCCUCAUGCAUUUUCAAUCUGCUUCCUCCACCUUGUUCCUGGAAGUAAGCCAGUAUGUGCAUAUUCUUUAUGGGUGGAGUAUAGAUUUCUUACAGCCCUCCUCAUUAAGUGAGUAUCAUGCAGGGGGGCGGGCCCGGGAUGGGGGUGUGGCAGCCGUCAAUAAUGAAGGUGGCUGUGGCGGCGCCGGCGCCCUGCCUGUAGGACCUCGGAGGCCAGCACUGCAAGAUGCGGCCCAGGCACAGGGAGCGAGGUGGCAGUAG